GCCUCUCCUAAGAGAGUUUGCGCAGCUCUAUGUUCAAAAUGGCGUGCAAGUUCUCUGGGAGUGUGUUCGCAAUGGAGUGAAAACAACGAGGGCAUAUGUGUCAACUUAUUUGGAAAUGAAAUAGAAGUCUUAUGCAUUCUGCGAACCUUUCUGUGUGAAGUCUUGGUAGCUGCUAAUUAUUGGGCACCUCCCGAACACAUUUACUUUCAAGUGUUGUCAGUUAUCAUGAACUCUUGGGCUGUAAGUCUUAGUGACAAAGCAUGGGAUUUUGAUGAAAAUGAAUCCUGUGAUGUAGUUUUUAUAGAUGGACCUCCAAACCAGAGGCAAAUGUGUUUCAUUGCUCCGGGUGCUUCUGAUAAUCAACAUUUAGACCAUGGUGUAGCUCCAACUUCAUCAGGAUCAAAAACAAAUGAUGAGUUUGGAGAGAUAUGGGUGCCUCCGCCCAAAAAGGAUGAUGCACCUGAAGAUCUCGAUGGCCCUCCUCUGAGGAAGCUAUUUGUGGGAAACCUGCCUUACAGGGUUACAGACUCUAAACUUAAAGCAUUUUUUACUAAAUUUGGAAAAGUUAUCAAUGCUCAUGUUAAACGAGAGCCAACCAAGAGACGACAUGCAUUUUAUGGAUUUGUGACGUUUCACAGACCAGAAGAUGCUCGAAAUGCCUUAAAGGCCACCCCCAAAGAACUGUCUUUGUUUGGGUACCAGUUAUGUGUUAACAAGGCAGACAGAGUUCAUCAACCAAUUGAACUCUCUGAUGGUACAGUGCAAUGGUUGCCCGGCAAACGCUUUUACAAAGAAAGUGGAGAACCUGUAUGUGAUAAACUAAAAAGAACCCGCAUUGACCACCAAUCCAACAUGAUCAUGGGAGAGUCUGAAGAUAUGGAUAUUGAUGAAUACCGAGAAGGAGAAUUUUCUCCAUUUUCAACCUUGAAUGAUGACUGUCUGCUUCAUAUUUUUUCUUUUCUCUCUCUCACUGAUCGUGUUCGUAUUGAAAGAGUGUGCAAGCGAUGGCAGUUUGUUGCUCGAAGUAUGUGGCGCCGUAUGCAUUCUCUUGAUAUGCAACAGCUUGCUCUACCACCACACCAUCUGCACAGUAUGGGGGUCUUAAAAAGUAUACUGAUGCGUUGUGGUGACAGCCUCUCUUUUCUUUCCUUGGCGAUAUAUGCUCAUAGUCGUCACAGACGGAGCAAGUUUCUUCCAAUAGUUGGAUCACUUUGCCCUAACCUUCAGGAAUUAGAUGCCACAGGAGUAAGACUUAACAAAUUUGGUCUUCAAAGACUGGGUAGUGGCUGCACAAAACUUCGAAAACUCAAUCUGAAUUAUUGCUCUGGUGUUGAUGAACGCUUCCUUGAAAAUCUUCUUAAAAUAUUACCUGAAUUAGAAAGCCUAAGUAUUGCACAGUGGGGAGAAUUAACAGGACAAGCUUUAAAUAAACUUCCUCCAGAAACAAUGAGAGAAUUAAAUCUCAAUGCCUGCAGUAACUUAAGACCAAAUGAACUUCUAACAGCUGUGAAAAGGCUCCCUCUGCUGGAAAGUUUAUCGCUGACAUCAUGUAUAAGUCUUUCAAAUCAGCAUGUAAAGACUUUAUUUGAAUCAGUUCCCCAACUUCGGUCUCUUAAUAUGGCACAGUAUUUUCCAAGGCUCAAGUACGCCUCAUUAGAAUCAAUAGGCAUGCUAAGCAAUCUCCGGUGUCUGAAUCUUGAGCUGAAUGACCUUUUGACUGACAGAGGAAUAGAGACCAUAGUUGAUGGUUGCAGGGAACUUGAAAGUCUUAAUAUAACAGGUUGUAGAGCAUAUGCCCCAGAGCAUUGUGUAACUACUAAAGGCAUAACACUUCUAGCAAAAUUGCCUUGCUUGCGAGAGUUAAAAAUGAGCUAUCUUGCUGACAUUAAUGAUGGAGCUCUAACGGUCCUUGCUCAGAAUGGUACACUACAAAAGUUGGAAUGCCGAGGAUGUCCAUCACUUAAAGGGGAUGGAUUCUUAAGGAUUAUAUCUCUUUGUCCUGAUCUGGAACUCUGUGAUGUUAGUGGUUGUGAUCAUGUGAAAAUUUCAAUUGUCAAGACAGCAAUAACAGCCGUAAAAUUGCGCAAUAACAAUAUAUUUCUGCGCCUUGUUGUGGGUGGAACUGGAAUUAUGUGGGAGCAACUUGAUUCCUGCAAACAAGAUAUUCCUCCACAUCUAAAUGUUGAACUUGUUGAUUUAUCAGUACCCCACCUUCGUCCUGAUUUUGUUGAUGGAAUAUAUUUUGAUAAUUUUUCUGAUUACUCUGAUGGAGCAGAUGAUGAUUUGGAUAUAUACGAUGAAAUCUGUGAUGACCUUGGGCCAGACGAGGAUGAAGAUGAUGACAUGCAAGUACCAUCACCAACACCUAGUUCUUAGUCGUAGCUUAUGUAGGAGUCUGCAAUUAGGUACUAAUCAUCCAAGUUAUUAUACAAGUUUUGGUUGGAGAUUGUCAUUUUGUUUCUGUUUUUAUUCUGUCAUUUGUGUAAUUUUUACAUAAUUUACUUUUACACCCUCUGAUUCUUUGGCAGUUCCAAAUUACAGUAAGCUAAGCAGUAUUUACUGAAACCAAAACCUCCAAGGGUAGGCUCACCCAGACCUGCCUGUACUGUAAUACAUAAACUCUUUCAUCCUGAGAAUAUAUAUUAAUUUUGUAACAGAUUUUGUUAAUGUACAUAUGUGUAUAUUUUGUAACUAUUAAUCAUGUACAAAAAAAUGCUUUAAAAGCAUUUUGUUUAACUAAGUGUUUUCCUGUUUUAUAUGUAUAUAAACUACAUAAUUUUAAUUCAAAGUUUUCACAAAGGUAUUUAUGUGUGAAUGUGCAAUUAUUGGAUCAUGUGCUAUGAACUAUAAGUGAUGUGUCCUUCAGUUUUCCACAAACAAUGAACUUUAAAUUCUACUCUAAGAGUAGCUGCAGCACAUAUAUUUGAAAUGCAUUAUAGCAUUACCAAAUUUGUAUUAUCUUCUUUCUGUUACUCUAUUUUGAUGUGUCAACUCUCGCUAAAGCUCUUCAGCAAAUUGAAAAGUUUUGGAACGUUGUAUUAAGUGGAUUAAUGCUGUAAAUGUUUGGGAUUUUUUUUACGCGUAAUAUGACUAAUUUGUGUACCAAAUCGCGACGCUGUAAGCUGAGAAACAUUUUAGCACGAGUUUACAGUACUUUAAAUGGUUUAAGUAUUGUCAGACCCAGAAUGUGCUCCUAGUUUAGAAGAAGCUGUAGUAUUUGAUGAAAAAUGGAAAAAAGUGUUGAAACUUGUGGAUUUUUUGUCUUAAAACAAAUAUUUGAGUGGCAUGAAUUGUAUUCUGAAUUUUAAAUCUUCUUCUUUGUGAUUAAACUUGUGUGGUUAGGUUAGCCUUCAAUCAAAAUUUGUGUGUUUACACACACUCUAGUUUACUUUGCUGCGUAUAUUAUUAUUAGGUCUUCCUUGUUAAUUCCUUGUUAGUAAGGUUAGUGGAUUGAAAUUGUUCAAUGUUAAUGAUGCUGAUUCAUAUUGGUGCCAUACAAUUGACUGAUAACCAUGAAUUUUGUUGAUAGGUUUAUGCAACGCUUGACUAGUUCACACUAAUUCACAUAAACAGGGAAGCUAUAAGUUGUUAAGAUUUCGUUUCUUAUGAAUCUGAAUUUGUUUCUAGAGCUGUCUAGAAUUGUUUAUUUUGGAACUGAUGUUUGUUUGGUGCUGCAGAACUGUAAAUAUUGUCUGUGGUUGGUCUGUACUUGGACGAUACACAUAAUUUUGUAUGCCUUCAUAUUUGAUCAUCUCUUUUUAUCUUAAUCUUUAUGCUUCUCAUUAACACUAAAAAGUCCAUUUUCUGUCAACUGCCACUAAGGAAUCAUCCAACUGUGAUUUUCUCCACUGUGUUCAUGAGCUCAGGAGACAUUUUCUCUUAACUUAAAUUUUAUACCUUGUUAAAUGUGGAACUGAAUGUCUGGAAACACCACUGAACAUGUGUUUAAAAAGAGUCUAUUGAAACCUCAGGCUUUGUUACCUUGUAAAUUUUUGACUCGCUUUGCACAAAGAGUUUUGUAUCUCACAUACCUGUUCAGUCCAAAAUGUUUGAGACAAUUAAUCUUUUAAUUAAUUCUGAUUUUAAUAUUGGGCAUAUGCUUUUCAUGUAGUUGUCCCUCAAAACGGGUAACUGAAUUUCGAGGAUAGUAAUCUAAAUUAAUAUUUUGGUGUGGACUGUCAAGAAGAUAGAUAAUUGGUGUUUCCAACGUGAUAAGAAAAGGAACGUGGUAUAUCAGGCACCAAAGUCACGUUCCUUUAUUCUGAGAGCAUUGAUCUCGUUACAUUUUAUUAUUAUUUUUAGAUGUCUUGUUGGUGUCCUUUUUAUUACUGGCUGAUUUAGUGUUAGGAUGUGAACUAUACUGUUCAACUGCGUUUGUGCGAUUUAUCAUAAUGCCGAGAAGCGUAAAUAAAAGUUAUGUAAAAUA